AUGGCACAUCCCGCCCUCACUGAAGAUGCUGUGAACACAGGCGCAGUUGCUUGGGUCUUGACCUCCGCAGCUUUGGUGUUCUUGAUGACUGCUGGCCUGGGUUUCUUCUAUGGUGGCUUGGUGCGAGACACGAACGUAAUCAACACUAUGAUGAUGAGCGUGGCUUCUAUGGCCAUUGUAUGCCUUACUUGGGUUGUCUUUGGGUUCUCUUGGGCCUUUGGGGACAACGGCGCCACUGGCUUUGGGAUGUUUGUGGGCAACUUUGAGUACAGCUUCUGGACGAAUCUGGACAUGAAGAUGUGGGGUGACUCUGGUCUUCCCGGCCUUUGUUUUGCAGCUUUCCAGAUGACCUUUGCCAUCAUUGCAUCCGCGAUCAUUUCGGGCUCCUUGGUGGAACGAAUGCGCUUCAGCGCAUAUUCCAUCAUGUUGGCACUUUGGUCUUUGCUGAUCUAUGCUCCGCUCUGCCAUUGGGUUUGGGGCCCUGGCGGCUGGAUUGCGGAGAUGGGCGCUCUCGACUUUGCAGGUGGCACUGUCGUCCACAUCAGCUCUGGUGUGUCAGGCCUUGUUGCAGGUGCCAUUGUCGGACCUCGAAGGCAUGUGGAAAAGGAACUGGGGCCUGCCAAUGCACCCUUUGUGAUCUUGGGUGGCAGCCUCCUUUGGUUCGGCUGGCUGGGUUUCAAUGGUGGAUCGGCUUUGUCAGUGAGUGAUGGUGUGGCAGCACGUGCAGUGGCCACCACCUUUGUUGCCGCUGCUUCGUCCAUGCUGAGUUGGUUGUUGCUGGAACGCCUCCUGAAGGGUAAAUCCUCUAGCGUCGGUGCCUCUGUAGGAGCAGUGGCAGGACUUGUGUGCAUCACCCCUGGAGCUGGCUUCGUGACUCCUGGCUGGAGCAUUGCCAUUGGUGCCUUGGGUGCUGUUUGGUGCUAUGCCUCCGUGGAGUUGGUGAACCGGGCGAACUUGGUGGAUGACACUUUGGAUGCCUUCGGCUUGCAUGGUAUGGGUGGCAUCGGAGGGGCGAUUUUUACUGGCAUUUUUGCUUUGGAUGGUGGCUUGAUCUACACGGGGAGCUUUGAGCUGUUGGGCAAGCAGAUUGCUGGAGCCAUGGCAGGUGUGGCCUUCUCAGCGAUUGGAACAGCCAUCAUCGUGGUGGCACUGAAAGUGGUGAUGAAGUUGCGAAUCCCUGAGGAGCAAGAGGUUGAAGGUGUUGAUCAGCACACGCAUGGUGAGACCUACCACAGUCCAGUCAAAAAGUACCCCCAGACCAAGCCCUCCGAGUCCAGUGAGCCAUCAGACACUGUUUGA